ACGGAGCGCUGUCUCUGUUGACGUGGCUUCUCUGUUGACGUGGCUUCUCUGUCUCCAGUCCAGCAGCUGAAGUAAUGAGGCACAUAGCGGAAACUAGAGAAUGCCAUAAUCACUGAAGUCAAACGGACUACACUCGUUUCUCAGUGAAAAAUGACUGGAAGGAACCAGCACAAUGGUUUCCAGUUUGCAACCACAGUGCAGCCGCCCACAGGUUACAUGUCUGCUUUUGGAAACAACUCCGAGACUGACUACUCAGAAGAGGACGGAGAGACCUUUGAGCUGCGUUCCAGAGGCAAGGAGAGGCUUCGCAGGAGCACAUCUACAGAUCGCAAGGACGAUUUUGUCUACUUGAUAAGGGACAUAAAAGACGGAGAUACGCUGAUCAGUAUUUCUCUGCAAUAUUUCUGUACUGUUGCAGACAUAAAGCGGGCCAACAAUCUUCUAACUGAACAGGACUUCUUUGCACUGCGGUCCAUAAGGAUCCCUGUGAGAAAAUUCAGCUCAUUCACAGAAACUCACAACACUGUUCCCCAUAAAAGCAGCUCACCCAGUGGUACUCGCAGAAUCUCUGAGAUCCCGAUUUCUGGAGCUUCCUUGGACUCUUCAUCCUCUUCCUCAUCUGUGGACAGCGUGGAGUGCUUCCUGCAGGAGAAGGACAAGGACAUUCAACUUCUCGUCAAGUCAUCUGCCCCUUCCAGGAGCAGCCUGAAUGAGGUUGUGUCCUCGCUGGAGCAGCCGCUUUUGGGAGGUCACGAGCGCAGACCAGCCCAAAAGAAAGACCCAUACUAUGGUGCUGACUGGGGAAUGAGAUGGUGGACUGCAGUUGCCAUUAUGUUGGUUGUGGGCAUUGUUACACCUGUUUUUUACCUGUUAUACUAUGAGGUUUUGAUGAAAGCAGAUGUUAGCCACCAUACUACCAUUGACUCUAUCAGCCCAGGACCAACACAGCCAGCUGCUGCUAUGUUUGGGUUACCUGCCUCUCACCAAGACUCUCACCUACAGUCUGCUGCUAAACAGCAACAUUUUGUGAAGCAUGAAGAGAAAGCAUAAAGGGGCUCUUAAAUCACCAGGGAAUUAAUUUAAUUAAUUUGGAGUCAUUAAUGGAAGGUAUAAGCAGAACCACAUUUUAAAAACGAUUAACAAACGCGGGUGAGGAUCGAGUAAUCAAGAAAUGAUUCCAAUCCUGUAAGGUUUUUCCUUGAUGCAUUUUGCACAGUUGAUCGCUGGUUUUAUAGUGUGUGUCACUCAUGAGCCAGUGUCUAUCUCUGUACCUCUAUUAAGUUUGUAGUUUGCAUCAAUGGCAAACAGCUGAUAUAUUGUUCAAGAUAUUUGCUGCCACUGUCUGGUUGUCAGGGAAAUAAACAUGGUAAUUUAUUUUAGGAAAUGUACAAUCCAGAUUCAGUAUUGCAACUGAUGGUAAAAACCUUUCUGGUUUUAAUUUUUAAACUUUGUUUGUAAAAAAGAAAAACAAAACUUAAUGGAACCAUAAUGGCUUCCGUUUUUUUUUUUUUUUUUCUUCCUCCUAGCAAGAACACGGGAUGAUUUGUAAAAUAUUCUCAAACAUGUUCAAUUCCAUUUAAGUAGCAGAUAUAAGCAUUUCUUUGAAACAUGGAGUACAGUGAUUAUGUGCCUUCAUCCUGUAGAUGCAGGUUGAAAAUAAAGGAAUUAUAUUUUAA